GAAAUAUAGUGUAAAAAUGUAACAAAACAGAACUAAAACAAAACCUGUCUUUGAAAGGCAUGUAUUGACUUGGAGACACGUCAACCCCCUCGUGACUCUGCCAUAUUGAGCAACAGCAUAACAAAAAGCGGAUGUUCAUUGCUGUUACAAGGUUUUAUCAAGCUAGCUAACAUCCUUAGCUGGUUUGGAUUUUUACUUUCACUUCUUAAAAAUUUGCCAGAGAUCCCGGUAAACUGACGUCAAGGGACUAAGCUGUUCAAUUUGUCUGCCGUAUUACCGCCGUUUGACUAUUGAACAGAAAAGGGUCCCAGGGAAGGAUGGCCUCCCGUAAGAAGGUGUUGCUGAAGGUCAUCAUCCUCGGAGACUCAGGGGUAGGAAAGACAUCUCUGAUGAACCAGUAUGUGAAUAAGAAGUUCAGUAACCAGUACAAAGCCACUAUAGGAGCUGACUUUCUCACCAAGGAGGUGAUGGUGGAUGAUAGACUUGUCACCAUGCAGAUAUGGGACACGGCGGGGCAGGAGCGGUUCCAGUCUCUGGGCGUGGCAUUCUAUCGCGGAGCUGACUGCUGCGUGCUGGUCUAUGAUGUCACGGCGCCUAACACCUUCAAGACGCUGGACAGCUGGAGGGAUGAGUUUCUGAUCCAGGCCAGCCCCAGAGACCCAGACAAUUUCCCUUUUGUGGUGCUAGGCAACAAGAUUGACCUUGAGAACAGACAGGUGACGACAAAGCGUGCCCAGGCGUGGUGCGCCAGUAAGAGCAACAUUCCCUACUUUGAGACCAGUGCCAAGGAAGCCAUCAAUGUUGACCAAGCAUUCCAGACCAUCGCUCGCAAUGCCCUCAAACAGGAAUCUGAGGUGGAGACAUAUGACUUCCCAGACCAGAUCAAACUGAGAGAUGACCGGCCGUCCACCUCCAGCGAUGGCUGCUCCUGCUGAGACUGAACCAACUGGAUGGAUGGAGGAGAGGGAGAAGACCAGAAAGACAUGGGGUGCAUCUCAAUUGUCCUCCUUGUCUCCUAUACUCCCUCUGCGCUGGUGUGAAAGACUAACCAGUGAAGCUAGUUCACCUAGGCCAUCUCCCACCGUGUUCCGUUUGUCACAUCAGUGCAGAUGAAUGAGAGUCUAGAGUAGGAAGUCACUUUUAGACAAUUGAGAUGCACCCAUGGGGUGAGACUGAGACCACACCCAACAGUCCCCCCCCUGCUUUCUCAGCUACAUAAGAUUCCAGAUGGAAAAAAGAAAACACUUAAUUUUCUUAACUCUCCGACUCGUGGCAACCUGACCAACAGGAAAGAAAGGAGGAAGCCCACUUGCACAGCUUCACUUUUUAAAAAGAUAGAAGAAUUGUUGAUACUAUGGAAAAUACAAUCAUGAUGCACCUAUUAUACGGAUAUCUUAUGUCAUGUCUUUUGUUCAUAUUUUAAUUGUUUCUUCCUUGUUUCCUUUUGUCUGUGAUCUAGUUAGUAGUCCUUAGCUACAGGUCUAGGGUCAGAUGUCUUCUUCCCCAGAACCUAACCUAAUCUAUUAUAGGGGUAAAACAACUGCUCCUGUGUCAGUGGUGCGGGGGAACAUGUACUUAAUGCCACUCACUCGGUGCCUUUCAUCUCAUGACAAGUAUUAUUGCGGCAGGCCUGUCUAUAUAAUAUGUGUAUUUGUCUGUGUUUAUCUGCAUUUUUGAAUCCUUAUGUAUGUUGCCAAACUUUCUUUCAACCCUGAACUUUUUUUUUUCUUUUUGAACCAGUUCUGUUUUAUUUGUUUGUGCAGGGAGUGCAAAGCUUACUAGACACAAUGAAGGUAAUGUGCAAACAAGAUACAAAGACAUGCGUUGAUUGUUCGUCAACCCAAAAGCAACCCUUUGCAAUACAAGUCCCAUAAGUUUGUUCAGUUCCUUUAUACCUGUAGUGCGGUUAUAUCCAUACUGCACAUGACUAUCAUUUUAUAUGUAGAGGUUGGCCAUAAUAAGAUGAGCAACCACUGUGGCUCUAUCAUGUUAAAUCCUAGACCUAUAGCUUAACAGUGAUGGUCUGUCAUACAAUACUUGUCAGUUGUAUUAGGAGGCUAUCUAGAUGUGUCAAGGAAACAUAGGAUAGGAAGAUCUUGGUUUGGAACAGAACCAUAGAAAAGGAUAGACAACUAUCUGGUUCAAAUUAUUCCAGAGUGAAAGGUCAGUGCCAUUGAGGAAAUCUGUUAUAAAGUAGUCAUCUAUGAAUUCCAACAUAAUUGAUAUCCAGCUCCAACCAGGUUACUGGAUGUAAUCAUAAGUCCAACUGUUUCAUCAGUUGUGAUCAUGACUAUAAGUCAAUAAGGUCCUACUCAGUUGACUAUAUUAAAAUUACCCUUACUGGCAAUGUCCAUGUUAAAACAUCCUUUUGGUCACAAUAGGUUUCUGUCCUUCUCUAUGUCCCGUUCCCUAAUAGUAGUGUCCUCCCCUUUGGUCAUACGGAUUGACUUUGCCAAUCUCAGCCCAGAUGCUUCCAUUCAUUCCACUGUGUCUUAAAUCUGCCUUCCUAUUCUAUGCCAUCAAUUAGUGUUGCUGUAUGUAACAGAUACGAACAUGUGAUUUGUUUAAUUCAUGCCAACAACAAAUGAACAAAAAUCCAUAGUCCUAUCUACAUGAUGAUUUUAGCACAAUUCCUACUUCAACUGUCAUCUUUUGUUGCAUAAUCUCUUUUUCUUCACCAUGAAACAUAAAUAAAUGUUUACUUUACGGACA